AAGUAGUUUUACAAUAGUUGUGAAAAUUAAAACAGAAUUCCAUAAAACCCAUUUUGAAAUUCAAAAUUUUGCAGUAUUUCAUUAAGAUAAAUACAAUGUUUGUGUGUGCAGCAGAGCAUUUGAUAUUCAAGCCGAAUUUCAUAUAUUUUUCAUUGCGUAAGCGAAGCUCUGGUGUUGAGUGCCCCAAGUCAGCGUUUUCUGAUGUCAAACUAGUUAUUCCGGCUGAAAUUUUCCAUUUAACAAAGCUAUAUCAGGAAGAUAAACAUGAGAAGAAAGUAAAUCUUGGUGUUGGUGCUUAUCGCACCGAAGACAAUAAGCCUCUUGUGUUGCCAAUUGUUAAGAAAUGCGAAUUUGAGGUUGUCAAUGACUUGACACUAAAUCAUGAGUAUUUGCCCAUGUCUGGUAAUCCAGAUUUUAUAAAAGUUGCCACAGAAUUGCUUUUGGGUUCAGACUGCAAAGCACUGCAAGAGAAACGCGUAGCUGCAGUACAAACGGUUUCAGGAACCAGCGCUUGUCGAUUGGCUGCUGAUUUUCUAGCUAAGCGCCUGAAGCGACGCACUGUCUUCUUUCCAGAUCCGACUUGGGAAAAUCAUGGGGAAAUCUUUAAGCAUGCCGGUUUCAAGCAGUUCAAAAAUUAUGCUUAUUGGCAUAAGAAAAGACGCCAAAUUGACAUGUCGAAACUCCUGGUGGAUCUUGCUUCGGCAACGGAAGGAUCUGUGGUUCUUCUCCAUGGUUCAGCGCACAAUCCAACGGGAAUGGAUCUGACGAAGAAGCAAUGGAAACAAGUCGCAGAAGUUAUCAAGUGCAACAACUUGUUUCCAAUAAUUGAUACCGCAUAUCAGGGAUUUGCAACUGGAGAUCCAGACCGAGAUGCUUGGGCUAUACGAUAUUUUGCCAACGAAGGCAUCGAGUUAAUGGCAGCGCAAUCGUUUUCUAAGAAUAUGGGUCUAUAUAAUGAACGUGUUGGCAGUCUGGUCACGAUUAUAAAAGAUCCAAAAUUGGUGCCAGCUUUAAUUUCAGAACAAAUGCUUUUCGUGCGCCCAAAUUACUCAAAUCCACCUGCAUUUGGCAGUCGUGUUGUUGCCAAGGUGUUGGGCGAUAAGAAAAACAAAGAGGAAUGGUUGAAAACGUUACGUGAGAUGACAGAUCGUGUUAAGACAAUGCGAAAAGAGUUGCUUCAGAAACUGCAAAAGCUGAAUACACCUGGACGAUGGGAUCAUAUCGUCAAGCAGCGUGGCAUGUUCUCAUUUACAGGUCUUAAUGAGCAACAAGUGGCGCGAUUGAUUAAGGAAAAACACAUUUAUUUGACAAGAACUGGACGCAUUAAUAUCUGUGGUUUAAAUACAAAAAAUAUUGAUUAUGUUGCUGAAUCAAUUUGUCAAAUUGUUAAAGAGUCAGCAGAAAAUGAAUGUGAUAAGCCUGAGGAAGAUAAGGUAAAAGAAAAAUGAGGAAGAUGUAAGUGAAAACCGAAAGAAUGCAUCAAAGCAGCAUAUAAUAAAAUGUGUUAGUUUUUCUCAA